AUGGCGAAGCGCACCUCCGUUUUGUGUUCUUUGCGCGUUUAUUUUCUUUUAUUUCACAACUCCCAAUUCUCAAACCCCAUGCUUUUCGUAUUGUUUUGGUUUUCUCCAUUUGUUUUUUUUUCGUUGUUUGCUGGGGGUCCGAUCUGCCGGGCCAACAACCCGCACACCACGCCCAACAAUAAAGAGCGACACCGUGAAGGAGAACGGGACCCAUUCCCCACACUCUUUAAACAAUUCAUGUUGAAAUCAUCAUGGUAUCACCCUUUUGAAAUUCCACUGAGGGAAGAGAACAACGGCAAUCCGCCACACACCCCAUUUAUUAAUUUCGCCCGGCAGAGGGCGACGAGGCCAAAUAACAUCCAACACCACAAGAGGAAUAAAUAA